AUGUCAAUCGAUGAUAAUAAUGGUGAACCAUAUCUCAUUCUAAGUGAUCCACGUAAUGGAGAUGCUGAAGUUGAACGUUUCCGUAUUGGUCGUAUACUCUAUCCUCGGUAUCGAAUAACUCCUCCAGAUGUGUGUCCAGUAAACAAUCUACUCACAUUCACUAUCAAAGCUGGUUCAAUGGAUGAUGGACGUCCAAGACGCAAUGAAAUACAUUUAUUUCAAGUUUUAACUUGUCCUGCUCAAACAAUUGUCAAUGUUUUACUGAGAGCUGGAGCUCUAGACAAUGAUUCAUAUGAUCAAGACAUAAAUGACUCCAUGCUAAUCUCCAGGGCUCCAUCUGAACCAAAUCUAAGGAUACCAUUACAAACAAGUUCAAGUGGAAUUCAGCUUCCACCAAUGAUUACCAAAGAGGAUAGUGUAUAUAGUGAAUCACAACUCAAUCGUGAGUGGAUUGACUUAGAGGUUGCACUGCUUAAUCACUGUUUUGAUGACAUUGAAUCAAAUUACAAAAUUCUGAAAAGCAGAACAACUCGACAGUUCUCUAAAUCAGAACCAUCUGUUGCUACAUCGAGUAAAUCAAAAAGUCGAGUUUCAAGUAUUAGUGUAAAUCAAAAUUCUACUUUGGUCAGUGAGUUAGAUGAACCUGUGAAAAAAUGUGCUGUUGAUUUCUUUGAAAAACUCAAAUUCGCAUGCAUUCUAUUGGCAAGACUUCAAGACUAUCUUAUAGAUCCGAAUUCUGCUCACUUGGCCAGACAACUAUUUGAAUUUUUAAAAUAUGGAGUUGAUGCUACACGAAACCCUAAAACAAAUAGAUCAAGCAUUGCUCAAUCAACUAUUUAUCCACUAUUACCAGAUUAUGUUGUGCUUUUUAUUCAAUCGAACUUGACAAAUGAAUAUGAAAGACUAUGGCGCAAUCUCGGAGAUGCAUGGAAUGUACCAAGGAAGGAUUCUUCUUACGAAGAUCGCGUUUAUAUACCCAACUUUGAGAACAGAUUCACGGUAAUCCCACAUGAAUACGAACCAUCAUUGUUUAACUACAACUCUCCAAAUGUGAUUGAUAGACAAGAGACAAGAUAUAUGCUCCCGCCAGGCAGUAAUUUUAAUGUGAAUCAAUCUUCUAGAACACCACGUGACAAAACCAAACUUGUUCAAGUUAUUGAGUCGUUUGAAGCAAGAUCUGAAAGAGAAUUAACAGUAGAAAAUGGUGAAUGGGUAAAAAUUUUAGAAAAGAAUGGAAAAUGGUAUAAAGUUCAGAAUAAGUUUGAUGAAGAAGAAACGAAGAAAAUUAAAUAUGAAUUCGUUGAAGACAUUCAAAGAACUCUAAAGAAAUUAUUUAGUUCUAAUCAAAAUACUUUCAUCUCUUGA